CCGCCUUUCAGGCAAAGCAAUCCCUGCGCACCAGUCCUAACCCAUGGAGUCUCAUGUCAGCGGAGUCUUCUGACGGAUGGGUGCGCGUGGCUGAUAGCACCGCCCUAGAGCAGUGCGACCGAGCGCAUGUGCAAGUGGAGGGCCGCUUUGUGUCAGUACUGCGGGCCCGUGAUGGCCUACACUGCAUAGACUCCGUUUGCUACCACACUGGCGGUCCACUGACCAUUGGGGACAUCGAGGACAUUAACGGGGACCUUUGCGUGCGCUGCCCCUGGCACGACUACAGCGUCCGGCUGUCGGAUGGGGCCAAGCCGUACCAAGCAAUGAAGCUGGAUCCCAAGACGAAGAAGCUGAGUCCUGACGGCUGGAAGUACACGAAGAGCACCCAGCGGACCCACGAAGUCCUCCUCCGGGAUGGGGCCAUCUUCGUGCGCCUCAGCACGGGGGGGAAGUUCGAGAGCGACCAGUUCGCCUACAACGCAAGCGCCGCCAAGAACGUGAGCAGCGGCGACAACAGCUUUAGACCUGAUGGCAAGGGCCCUGGUGGGUACAAGCGCUCUGGCGAGGUGCUUGCUGAGCACGCCAAAGCGUCCAGCCUGGCGCCACCGGACCAUUUGCCUCCGAGAUCUUCCAUGCCGCCAGCCAAGCCGCCGGCCGAGAAGGUGUACCGCAUGGAUCAAGACUGGCGGGCCUUCCGCUUUCUGAGCAAGAAGCAGCUGACGAGCAACAUGUGGCGAUUCCGCUUUGCCUUGACUGAUUGCCUGGGGUGGCCUGAUGUGGAAAGACAUGUCCGCUUGCGCUUUGCAGGGGAGACGCUGGAGCGCGAGUACACGCCGGUGUCCCCCCUCGGCCAAGCCAACUUCUUCGACCUCGCCAUCAAGGUCUACCCUGACGGAGCUCUCACGCCCAGGCUGCUGCAGAUGAAGCCGGGCCAGCAUGUGGAGAUGUGCGGCCCGCACGGCGACUUGACAAUUUCAUGGGCGUCGAAAACGGCAACGAGGGCUGGUCAGCCGAUCCCCUUCGACGGCCUGGCCUUGGUGGUGGGAGGCAGCGCUGUCACUGUGGCGCUGCAACUCUUGCAGGAUUGGCUGGUCAAAGGUGAUGCAUGCAGAAGCCUGGGCAUCGACAUAGUGUAUGCCUGCCGCUUCCAAGAAGAGCUGGCGUUCCGUGCCGAGCUUGAGGAACUGACGCGGAGGUGCCCCAAUAUCCGCCUCUUGCUGUCUGUGAGUCAAGCGCCGGCUGACUGGCCUGGAGUGGGGCGGCUGGAUGCGGCAGCGCUGCAGUGGCUGCACAAGAAAGCGCUCCCCAUCGUAUGCGGCCCGCCCGCCUUCAAUGAGGCGAUGAAAGAGAGCUUGGCGAGCCUGGACUUUCACAAGGUCAUUUGUUUGUGAGCGGCCUAGGCGGAGGGUUGCCUGACGGCUUCACGCGGGGCAAAUAAAAGGAGCGCUAUUCAG